AGGGAGGAGUCCCACGUGACCGAGGGGCGGAGUGUCGGCUCCCUCGCUGCGGCUUGUCCGAGCGGGGCUGCUGCAGAGCAUCUUCUGGCUGGAGCCGCGGCUUUGUUCUUGUGCUGCCUCCCAGACCGGCUGACGUCUGGGUCCAUCCUUCGCUCCCCUCUGGCUCCUCCUGCCCACCCUCUACAUCUGAGCCUGCAUCCUUUUACCCAAAAGCUCCUUUCCAGAUCCGCCCUCGCCCUCCCCCAAACUUCUGGCCAGCGCCCCUGCCUGGUACCCUUUUAUCCAUCCCUCUCUCCUGCACCUUCUACCUGGUCCCCAUCUCCUGGCCUCCUCUUCCCAAGUUCCGGGGCGCUCCGCCCGGCCCGCACCCCUCCGGACCGGGAUUGUACCCCGCAGCCACGCGCCCAUGGUCCUGACGCUGCUCCUCUCGGCCUAUAAGCGGUGCCGCUUCUUCACCAUGUCGGGCCCAAGGCCAGGCUCUGAGCGUCUAGCGGUGCCGGGGCCAGACUGGGGCGGCGGUGCGGGCCCAUGGUGGACCGCGGGCGUCCGCGGGCCCCGCGAGGUUUCGCCCGGGGCGGGCGCCGAGGUGCAGGGCGCCCUGGAGCGCGCGCUGCCCGAGCUGCAGCAGGCGCUGUCUGAGCUGAAGGCAGGCGGGGGCGCGCGGGCCGUGGGCGCCGCUGCCGAGGUCUUCCAACUCAGUGGGGAGGCCUGGUUGCUGCCGGCCGUGGGCCGAGAAGUAGCCCAGGGUCUGUGCGACGCCAUCCGCCUGGACGGCGGCCUCGACCUGCUGCUGCGACUGCUGCAGGCGCCGGAGCUGGAGACGCUGCAGGCCGCCCGCCUGCUGGAGCAGAUCCUGGGUGCCGAGACCGUGCCACUUUUUCUCGGCAGGGACCGCGUGGCGCGCAUCGGGUUGGGCGUGAUCCUGAAUGGCAAAAGAGCGUGAGCGGUGGAGCUGGCGCGGAGCGUGGCAGGCAUCUUGGAGCAAAUGUUCAAGCACUCGGAAGAGACGUGCCAGCGGCUGGUGGCGGCCGGUGGCUUGGACGCGGUGCUGUACUGGUGCCGCCGCACGGACCCGGCGCUGCUCCGCCACUGCGCGCUGGCGCUGGGCAACUGCGCGCUGCACGGGGGCCAGGCGGCGCAGAGGCGCAUGGUGGAGAAGCGCGCUGCAGAGUGGCUCUUCCCGCUCGCCUUCUCCAAAGAGGACGAGCUGCUGCGGCUGCACGCCUGCCUCGCGGUGGCGGUGCUGGCAACCAACAAGGAGGUGGAGCGGGAGGUGGAGCGCUCCGGCACCCUGGCGCUCGUGGAGCCGCUCGUGGCCUCGCUAGACCCCGUCUCUUCGCCCGCUGCCGGUGGAUGCCAGUGACGACCGAGCCAGGGACGCGGGCCCGCCGACCUGCAGCGCCUCGUGCCGCUGCUGGAUUCGUCGCGCUUGGAGGCCCAGUGCAUCGGGGCUUUCUACCUCUGUGCUGAAGCGGCCAUCAAGAGCCUCACGGGCAAGACUAAGGGGGUAUUCAGCGACAUCGGAGCCAUCCAGAGCCAACGCCUGUUUUCCUAUUCCACCAACGGCACCACGUCGGCGCUGGCCAAGCGUGCGCUACGUCUGCUGGGCGAGGAGGUGCCGCGGCCCAUUCUGCCCUGCGUGGCCAGCUGGAAGGAGGCCGGUCAGACGUGGCUGCAGCAGAGGUUCUCCCACUACUGCGAGAGCUUCCGGGAGCAGCAGGUGGGGGACCUGCUUCUGCGACUCACGGAGGAAGAGCUCCAGACCGACCUGGGCAUGAAAUCGGGCAUCACCCGCAAAAGGUUUCUUAGGGAGCUCACGGAGCUCAAGACCUUCGCCAACUACGCUACGUGCGACCGCAGCAACCUGGCCGACUGGCUGGGCAGCCUGGACCCGCGCUUCCGCCAGUACACGUACGGCCUGGUCAGCUGCGUGGACCGCUCCCUGCUGCACCGCGUGUCUGAGCAACAGCUCCUGGAGGACUGCGGCAUCAGCCUGGGCGUGCACCGCACCCGCAUCCUCACGGCCGCCAGAGAAAUGCUACACUCCCCGCUGCCCUGCACUGGCUGCAAGCCCAGUGGGGACAUCCCAGAUGUCUUCAUCAGCUACCGCCGGAACUCAGGCUCCCAGCUGGCCAGCCUCCUGAAGGUGCACCUGCAGCUGCACGGCUUCAGUGUCUUCAUUGAUGUGGAGAAGCUGGAAGCAGGCAAGUUCGAGGACAAGCUCAUCCAGAGUGUCAUAGGUGCCCGCAACUUUGUGCUGGUGCUGUCAGCUGCACUGGACAAGUGCAUGCAGGACCAUGACUGCAAGGACUGGGUGCACAAGGAGAUCGUGACUGCUUUGAGCUACGGCAAGAACAUUGUGCCCGUCAUUGAUGGCUUCGAGUGGCCAGAGCCCCAGGACCUGCCCGAGGACAUGCAGGCUGUGCUCACCUUCAAUGGCAUCAAGUGGUCCCACGAGUACCAAGAGGCCACAAUAGAGAAGAUCAUCCGCUUCCUGCAGGGCCGUUCCUCCCGGGACUCAUCUGCAGGUUCUGACACCAGUUUGGAGGGUGCUGCACCCAUGGGCCCAACUUAACCAGUCCUUCGUUCCCAAGCCCUGCCGUGACCCCCAUUUCCGUCGUCCCUCCUGA